UCCGCGGGAUUUCCAUCGUCCACGGGUCGCACACAUAUGAAUGUCCUUAGAUACAAGCUUUUAAGGAGUUGAACAGAUCCGGUCGGCGAAAAUGGCACAAAGCGUGGUUUUAUUCCUACUGUGGCUUUUCGGCAGAUCAUUCGCUGGAUUUCCCAAUCAGAUCAACAUAGGGGGACUCUUUAUGCGCUCUACCGUGCAAGAGCACAGCGCGUUCAGGUUCGCUGUCCAACUCUACAACACCAACCAAAACAGCACUGAGAAGCCUUUCCACCUGAACUACAACGUAGACAACCUCGAGUCGUCCAACAGCUUCUCCGUCACCCAUGCGUUCUGCUCCCAGUUCGCCCGGGGGGUGUACGCCAUCUUCGGCUUCUACGACAAGAAGUCCAUGAACACGCUGACCUCCUUCUGUGGGGCGCUGCACACCUCCUUCGUCACGCCCAGUUACCCCACCGAUAACGAGGUGCAGUUUGUCAUCCAGAUGCGGCCCGCCCUGCGGGGCUCCGUCCUCAGCCUGCUCUCCCAUUACAAGUGGCAGAAGUUCGUCUACCUGUACGACACCGACCGAGGGUUCUCCAUCCUCCAGGCCAUCAUGGAGGCGGCGGUGGCCAACAACUGGCAGGUGACGGCCCGCUCUGUCAGUGCGAGCACCGACGCCGGCGAGUUCCGGCGCAUCAUCGAGGAGAUGGAUCGCAGGCAGGAGAAGCGCUUUGUGAUCGACUGCGAGGUGGGACGCAUCAACACCAUUUUGGAGCAGGUUGUGGCCCUGGGGAAGAACAGCCGUGGCUACCACUACAUUCUGGCCAAUCUUGGGUUUUCCAACGUGAGCUUGGACAAAGUCUUUGCUGGUGGCGCCAACAUCUCUGGAUUCCAGAUCAUCAACCCUGAGAACCCAAUUGUGCAGCAGUUUAUGCAACGCUGGGAUCGCCUGGAUGAAAGAGAAUUCCCAGAAGCCAGCAGCACGCCUCUGAAGUACACGUCUGCCCUGACCCACGACGCCAUCCUGGUGAUCGCCGAGGCCUUCCGUUACCUGCGGCGGCAGCGUGUGGACGUGUCUCGCCGCGGCAGCGCCGGGGACUGCCUGGCCAACCCCGCCGUGCCCUGGAGCCAGGGCAUCGACAUAGAGAGAGCCCUGAAGACGGUUCAAGUGCAAGGCAUGACCGGGAACAUCCAGUUUGACAACUACGGCCGGAGAACCAACUUCACCAUCGAUGUCUAUGAGAUGAAAAUCGGUGGGCCCAGAAAGAUCGGAUACUGGAACGAAUACGAGCGCUUUGUACAUAUUAUGGACCAGCAGGUCACCAACGAGUCCUCCUCUGUGGAAAACCGAACGAUUGUGGUCACUACUAUUAUGGAAGCGCCUUAUGUGAUGUACAAGAAAAAUCAUUUGCAUCUGGAGGGCAAUGACAGAUAUGAAGGCUACUGCGUUGAUUUAGCGUCUGAGAUUGCCAAACAUGUUGGAAUUAAGUACAAACUGUCUAUAGUAAUGGAUGGAAAGUACGGAGCCCGCGACCCUGAGACUAAGACGUGGAACGGGAUGGUGGGCGAACUGGUCUACGGGAGGGCCGAUAUAGCUGUCGCGCCUCUCACCAUAACACUGGUCCGAGAGGAGAUGAUUGACUUUUCCAAGCCAUUUAUGAGCUUGGGCAUCUCCAUUAUGAUAAAGAAGCCACAAAAGUCCAAGCCCGGCGUGUUCUCCUUCCUGGAUCCCCUGGCCUAUGAGAUCUGGAUGUGUAUAGUGUUUGCCUAUAUCGGUGUGAGCGUGGUUCUGUUCCUGGUCAGCCGCUUCAGCCCAUACGAAUGGAACCUCGAAGAGCAGGAUGAGACCAAAGACCCCCAGACGCCACCUGACCCGCCAAACGACUUUGGCAUCUUCAACUCUCUUUGGUUCUCUCUGGGCGCCUUCAUGCAGCAGGGCUGCGACAUCUCACCGAGGUCUCUGUCUGGGCGUAUUGUGGGUGGUGUGUGGUGGUUCUUCACCCUCAUCAUCAUUUCAUCCUACACAGCCAAUCUGGCUGCUUUCCUCACUGUGGAGAGGAUGGUGUCUCCUAUCGAAAGCGCAGAGGAUCUCGCCAAGCAAACAGAGAUCGCAUAUGGAACUCUUGACUCAGGCUCAACAAAGGAGUUCUUUAGGCGAUCCAAAAUUGCGGUGUAUGAGAAAAUGUGGUCGUACAUGAAAUCGGCCGAGCCCUCUGUGUUCGCAAAGACCACGCCCGACGGCGUGGCACGGGUACGCAAGUCCAAGGGCAAGUUCGCCUUCCUGCUGGAGUCCACCAUGAACGAGUACAUCGAACAGCGCAAGCCCUGCGACACCAUGAAAGUGGGCGGGAACCUGGACUCCAAGGGCUACGGAGUGGCCACGCCCAAAGGCUCAGCAUUAAGAAAUGCUGUUAACCUGGCAGUUUUAAAACUGAAUGAGCAAGGCCUGUUGGACAAAUUGAAAAACAAAUGGUGGUACGACAAGGGAGAGUGCGGCAGCGGGGGAGGUGACUCCAAGGACAAGACAAGUGCUCUCAGCCUUAGCAAUGUGGCUGGUGUCUUCUAUAUUUUGGUUGGAGGGCUGGGGCUGGCAAUGAUGGUCGCCCUGAUAGAGUUUUGUUAUAAAUCAAGGCAAGAAACAAAACGGCUGAAAUUGGCCAAGAAUGCCCAGAACUUUAAGCCCGCUCCCCCGACCAACACCCAGAACUUUGCCACAUACAGGGAAGGCUACAACGUCUACGGAACCGAGAGCGUUAAGAUUUAAAGUAGACCGUAUUCACACUGUCCCCCUUACAACUGUGACUGAACGGCUGCGGACGGAAGGAAGGAAAGGAUCGAAGCGGGAAUCAAGAUCCAAGCCCACUCUUCUUGCUUGGACAUAAAACGAUAAUCUGCGACGAUCGACGCGACAGGACUGGUCAUUGGGGUGGGGUUAGGGGAGGGCCAGAGCUGAAGCUGUCCCUUCCCUUUCAGUGCCUUAUGGAACUCAAGAGUCCACUCAAUGCAAACCCCAUUGGCAAUGGCAUUGCUCUUCUUUUGUUUUUUUCUUGCUUCAAGCCCCCAUUGCGAGGAAAGAUGCACUGAUCUGUGAAAAAUAAUCACCCUAUUUGACCUGUAAACAUUGAAUGAGUGAGAGAACUAAAGCCAUCACUUGCAACCUAAGCACAUUUUCAAGUGCCAUAUUGAGGUCAAAUCUUGUAAAACAAAGGCUUGAUUGUUUUUUUUCUCGUGAUCAAUAUGUCCAUUGUGCUUCAUCCUUCUCCUGCCGUCGUCAGAUUACACUGGUGUUACACAAACAAGUUUAUUAGAAAUUAUUCAAAGCACUCUAAGACACUAAACAAUAGAUUUUUU